GUACUGUUCGAGAUGUGCAUCUAGACAUGUGUUCUGUUAUUUUCUAUAGAAGACAAAACUUGCAUCUGAGAUGGAUACUUUUGCAACCGCAGCUAUUUAGGAAUAUACGAUUCUAUUUCACAAAGAAACUAGGUGAAAUAAAGCCCAUUGGAUUUAUUAGUUCUCUAUUCUGCCACAAGAGAGGAACCCCUCGUCAGCCCACAAUAUGCCCUCAUGCACGUGGUGUCCUGACACUAGACCGACUCAUUGUCAACAAUCCUCAAUACACUCUGGAGGGACUAGAGGAAUUUUCUCAUAUCUGGUUGAUAUUCGUAUUUCAUAAAAAUGAAAAAGAGUUUGUGCGGUCAAAGGUUAGUCCACCGCGGUUACACGGUAGAAAAGUGGGCCUCUAUUCAACAAGAUCACCGCAUCGACCCAACCCUAUUGGGCUCUCGCUGGCAAAACUGGACUAUGUGGAAGACAGCUCUCUUUAUCUGAGUGGGAUUGAUCUCCUAGAUGGAACCCCUAUUCUCGACAUAAAGCCUUACAUACCCGAGUAUGAUACUCCACAAUCUUUACCUGACAGUUCAGAAACGGAACAAGUAGAAAGUAGGCAAUCAUGGUCAAACAGCAGUAGUUUUCAUGAAAAUGCUUGUGAAAAUGAAGGGGAUUUGAAUUUGGAAAAUCGCAGAAACAGAAUGCUUCAUCGAGAAAGUUGUAUUGAAAACUGUUUAUGUGAAGAAUCUGAAAAUUACUCGGCUAAAUAUGUUCGAGUGCCUGCGUGGAUAGUUCAACCAUCUACUCCAAAACUAAAUGUUAUGUUCACACACAGAGCUACAAGACAAUUGAAUAUGUUUUCAAAGAAUGCGAAAGAUCCAAAUUUUUUGUUGAAAUUCCUCCGAUCUCCCGCGGAAACUUUGAAGACCAUUACGUCGAUUCUUAGCGAAGAUCCGCGACCGAUUCACAUUAGAAACCGAGAGGAAGAGGAAUUUUAUUAUUUCACUGUCGACAACCUGCACGUCACAUGUUGGUUUUAUGAUGGUGUCGCGGAAGUAGUAAGAAUAUUACCUGUUUCGCGUGGAAGACAUUUGAAAUAACACAUUAGGUAUUGUAAUCAACAUGAGUUUACUUUUCCAUAUGUAUAUUCUUUACAAACGGUAAUCAUUCUCCAGUUUGA